AUGGACGCAAAACGCAGGAGUCCUCUCGGAUUGCUGCGGCAGUGGCAAGGUGGAAGUGUGUUGUCUUCCUCCCCGCCCAACGCACCCGUCCGUGUGGCGAAGCGGCCCUCCGCCCAGCGGCGUAACCUCCCACCGUUACCAGAGCCGUGCGGAAGAGGGUCGCCGCCACGGGAGUUAGAUGGAUCGACGCUGGGCCCCUCCACGCGCAAAGUCUCGGCUGGGGCUAAAAAGGUGCCGGAUGUGCGACGGACGCCAAAUUCACUCUUGCGCGCAAAUAAGGCGGGGUUUGCCGCCGGGCAAAAACGGUUCGUGGGCGAUGGCGUGACGUCACCACCUUCCUCAGCAGGAGUGAAGCCACCCGGCGCCGGUGUCACAAACGGCAUAAAGGCUAAGAUGCGCUCUGGGAUGCGAGAGCUUAAAAUUGCCCGCGACAAUCCUAACAAAGCCGUUGCUUCUGAGCAAGUGCCACUCGUUACUGGCGAGCCCAUGGCUCAGAAAGAAGAGGCUGUAGCACUUUGCUCCAAGGAGCAAGCGGAGUUUGAGAACGCCAUCGGUGUCCUCAACCGCAUGAUGGAGAUUGACGCCAAAAGUGUUGACCCCAGAGCGUGGGUGACACGCUUCACGGAGGGAACAGCAGAGGCACGUCUGCGCAAGGAAGGCUUGUUGCCUGUUUGGAUCAUUGUCGACGUGGGUUUCGUCUUGGCGAUUGAUUUGAAUGGUACAACACAGCAUCGUAACUAUGUUGGUAUUGCCGCUUCUCGGGCCGCCCGAUUUCCUCCCAAUGGCUGCAUCGUUUUUCCGUUUCAGGACGCACUGAGAGACGGUGAGGUACAGCUACCGGGUAAUGUCUCAGAGGUAGCCACAAUGAUUAUGCCAGCGGCAAAGGAGAUGCGAUGGGGUGUCCCAGUCGGGGUGCUGUUUAUCAACCCACUUGAGCGAGAUUCGAUUGUGCGAGACAUUUGCCAGGUGUUUCUCCCUUCGUUUCUUCAGGAGGCCUAUCCGCACGGGGUGCCUCUGAAAGGCAUUUGGGCACCUGCGGCGUCGGAGCGAAGCACCACAACGCCACGCGCAAUGAAGAUUCCAGGCAGUGUGCGGGAGUCCGUUAUGUCAUGCUUGACGGAGCUUGGUGUUUCCAAUGCUAGCACCUUCAUGGGGGACGGUAAUCGCCUCGGAGGAGAGCAGCUGACGCGCGAACUUCAGUUGCGUGAGGCGGUUCCACCACAUUUGUCGCUUGCGGGCUCGUUGACGGGAAGUCGUGGAGGUGGCUCGCCGCGACAGCCCCAAAAGUUGGUAGAAUCCCCUGCUAGCAUGCGGGGUGCCCCCUCCUCGCCGUGGGAAAGCCGCGGUCGCCAGCCCAUAUUCACCGCACGCCUCAUUAUCUCCAAACCUCUUUCUCCGUCGACGGCGGGUUCUGUUCCCUGUCACGCCGUGCUGGUGUUGACCCCACGCGGCCCGCUCGAGCUCGUUGCAGACGCGCCAUCGACAGCCGUCAGCACAAAGGACGUAAAACUCAGCCUACUCCGCUCCGGCCUUGGAAGAUCCUUGCGGCUGCAGAAGGACACGGUUCGUUUCUUGUACGCGCCAAGUCUCCCCGCAGUGGACGAUGACGAGUUGAUCAACGCACGUUAUGUUGUGAUGCGACUGCAAACGCAGAAGUAA